UCUCUCUCUCCCCCUCCCUCCCUCGCGCCGUCCUCUCUCUUCCUACCUGAUCAGAUCCGCUCCGGCGCUAUGCGUACGACCGCGUCUCUCUCUGCAAGGCGAGCUCCACCGGAGAGACCCGCGCGCCGCAGCUGACCGCCGGCCGCCCGCCCCGCGAGCCACCCGACAAGCCGGCCGCCGACAGCAGCUGCCCCCCCCUCCUCUCCCUCCCGCCCUCCUCCACCUCCCGGGCCGGGUAACGACAACCCCAACCACCUCCUCCGCCGAACAGCGCCGGUGGGAGAUCGGGAGACGUCUCCAGCUGAUCGCCCCCCUCCUCCUCCUCCUCCUCCUCCUCUUCCUCCUCCCUCCUCCUCCUCUCCUCCAGGAGAAGAAGAAGAUCUGAACUAUCGGAAGAGUCAGACGGAUCGGCGAGAGGACGAGCGUGGCGUCCCGCAGCCUGCUGUCCCAUUCCUCAUCCUCUCCUCUCUUCCUGACUUCAGACUCCACCUUAUCCUCCUCUUUCUCUUCCACACCUCCUCCUCUUCCUCCCUGUCCUUUCAAGCCUUUCCUUCGCUCCCAUCCUCUCGCUCCAAGUCUUGAACCACCGUCGUCAUGGCGUCCAAACUCAGCCCGAACGUCCUGUACGUGGCGGGACCCGGCGAGUCGCUGGGGUCGCCCCAGGCCGACUCGGAGAGGACUCACAUUGCUGGUGAAGCAGGAGAAGAGUCGUCCGACAGCGACGGAGAGCAAGAAGAGACGUCUCACAAGCUGAUCCGCAAGGUGUCCACCUCGGGACAGAUCAGAGCGAAGAAAAGUGUGAAGGAGGGAAUCCUGUUAAAGCAGACCAGCUCCUUCCAGAGAUGGAAGAGGAGGUAUUUCAAGCUCAGAGGAAGGACGCUCUACUAUGCCAAAGACUGCAAGUCCCUGAUUUUUGAUGAAGUGGAUCUGUCGGACGCCAGUGUGGCCGAGACCAGCACCAAGAACAUCAACAACAGCUUCACGGUGAUCACUCCCUUCCGGAAGCUCAUGCUUUGUGCUGAGAGCAGGAAGGAAAUGGAGGACUGGAUCACUGCUCUCAAGUCCGUCCAGAAAUGGGAAACCUACGAGGCCAGUCAGUUCAACAUGGAGCAUUUCUCGGGGAUGCACAACUGGUACGCCUGCUCGCACGCCAGGCCCACCUUCUGCAACGUGUGCAGGGAGGCGCUGCCGGGCGUCACCUCCCACGGCCUGUCCUGCGAAGUUUGUAAAUUCAAGGCCCACAAGCGCUGCGCCGUCCGCUCCACCAACAACUGCAAGUGGACCACGCUGGCCUCCAUCGGCAACGACAUCAUCGAGGACGAGGACGGGGUGUCCAUGCCUCACCAGUGGCUGGAGGGGAACCUGCCGGUCAGCGCCAAAUGUGUGGUGUGCGACAAGAACUGCGGCAGCGUCCGGCGGCUGCAGGACUGGCGCUGCCUCUGGUGCAAGGCCAUCGUACACAACAGCUGUAAAGAACAAAUGGGGAAGGUGUGUCCCCUGGGUCAAUGCCGGGUGUCCAUCAUUCCUCCCACUGCACUUAACAGCAUCGACUCCGACGGCUUCUGGAAGGCCACCUCGGCGUCCUGCUCCAGCCCCCUCCUGGUCCUGGUCAACUCCAAGAGCGGGGACAACCAGGGCGUCAAGUUCCUGCGCAAGUUCAAGCAGCUGCUGAACCCGGCGCAGGUCUUCGACCUGAUGAACGGAGGGCCGGAGCUCGGCCUGCGCCUCUUCCAGAAGUUUGUGACGUUCCGCAUUCUGGUGUGCGGAGGAGACGGCAGCGUGGGCUGGGUGCUCUCCAUGCUGGAUAAGCUCAACCUCCACAAGCAGUGCCAGCUGGGAGUGCUGCCGCUGGGCACCGGCAACGACCUGGCCCGGGUGCUGGGCUGGGGCGGGCUCUGCGACGACGACGCCCAGCUGCUGCAGAUCCUGGAGAAGCUGGAGAGAGCCACCACCAAGAUGCUGGACCGGUGGAGCGUGAUGACUUACGAGGUGCCGACAUCCAAUAAACACACGCCGACGGUGAAGGAGGACGACGGGCCGGACUCGCCCCUGCAGGUCCACAUCACUCAGUACGCGGACUCCGUGGCCUCCCACCUCGCCAAGAUCCUGGACUCGGACAGGCACAGCGACGUCAUUUCCUCCGCCAAGUUCCUGUGUGGGACGGUGAACGAUUUCGUGGCGGAGGUGGGGAAGGCGUACGAGAGAGCCACGGAGAACAAGGAGGAGGCAGACGCCAUGGCCAAGAAGUGCGCGCUGCUCAACGAGAAACUCGACUCCCUGGUGAAGGCUUUAAGCGAGGAAGCCGAAGCUCAGGUGGUUCCAGCUGGCUCGGUGCCCAGCCGAGAGAGCGACGGUUCGAGUCCCGUGGAGAGCGGCGGCGACUCGGGCUCGGAGGGCAAAACGUACCGGUCCAAGGAGCAGCUGAUGCUCCGAGCCAACAGCCUGAAGAAAGCCCUGCGGCAGAUCAUCGAGCAGGCCGAGAAAGUGGUGGACGAGCAGAACCGACACACGCAGGUCCAGAGGAUGUCGUCCUUGUCCUCCAUCAAGAGGGAGAACAGCGAGGAGCUGAAGGACGCCGAACCACGUGUCGGAGGCCUGAGUCCCACCUCCCCCAUCGUCCUGGAGAAACCGGAGAGCCUUCACACCAUCACCUUCAGCGAGGACACUGUACAAUGCUCGGAGAAGUGCGUGAUGAACAACUACUUCGGCAUCGGCCUGGACGCCAAGAUCUCCCUGGAGUUCAACAACAAGAGAGACGAGCACCCCAAGAAGUGCAGUAGUCGCACCAAAAACAUGAUGUGGUACGGAGUGCUGGGGACCAAGGAGCUGGUCCAGAAGACCUACAAGAACCUGGAGCAGCGGGUCCAGCUGGAGUGUGACGGAGUCGCCAUGCCUCUGCCGAGCCUGCAGGGCCUGGCGGUGCUCAACAUCCCCAGCUAUGCGGGAGGGAUCAACUUCUGGGGCGGAACCAAGGAGGACAACAACUUUGGCGCCCCGUCGUUCGACGAUAAGAAGCUGGAGGUGGUGGCGGUGUUCGGGAGCAUGCAGAUGGCCAUGUCCAGAGUCAUCAACCUGCAGCACCACCGCAUCGCGCAGUGCAGGCAGGUGAAGAUCACCAUCCUGGGGGAGGAGGGCGUCCCGGUGCAGGUGGACGGCGAGGCCUGGAUCCAGCCGCCCGGCAUCGUCAAGAUCGUCCACAAGAACCGAGCGCAGAUGCUCACCAGAGACAGGGCCUUCGAGAGCACUCUGAAGUCGUGGGAGGACAAGAGGAAGAUCGACAGCUACCGCGCCAGCAGGCCUCGCCUCAACUCCCAGCAGUCCAUGGAGUACCUGACCGAGGAGGAGUGCGCUCAGGUCCAGCAGCUCGGCAUCGUGGCUGACACGCUCAUCAACAAGAUCCGCGAGGCCGCCAAGACCCACAAGCUGGUGGAGCAGGAGCUGGCGCACGCCGUCAACGCCACGGCCCUGGUGCUGACCGAGGCCAAGCUGUCCAGCCCCGAGUGUCUGAGCCGCAGCACAGCGGUGGAAAUCGUCAACAGCAGUAAAGUCCUCCAGGCCGAGACCAGGAUGCUGCUCGAUGGAAAACUACUGUCUGAGUCUCCGGAGGAAGAGGAGCUCCGCUCGACUCUGAACAGCCUCAGCGCCGAGCUCCACAAGCUGGACGACAUCCACUGGAUCUGCCCGCUCAUGCAGUGCUCCGAGGAGGACUCGGUGAGGAGCAGCGUGAAGAGCGGCAGCAGCAGCAUGAAGCUGAAGAUCAUCCCCAAGGUGAAGAAGGAGAGGGAGAAGCUCCACAAGCAGAAAUCCAACAGUUCCCUGUCAGGAACUCUGGAUGUGAAAGGCGGCCCGGCCGAGGCCGACUCCUCCGGUAACUGAGCCCCCGGACGCGGUGCUUCAUUCCCAAACUCAGCACCCGGACCGCUAUCCAGGGUGAGGAGCCACCCCUCUUCUUCUCUCCAUCCGCGAUGCCCGGGUGGCUUCACAGAGGCCGUCAGGAAAACAGAGGAGCGCCAUCUUCCCGACUUCUAACGCUCUUUUCACUCCUCUGCCGCCAUUUCUGUCCUCUCGGCAAGCGGAGGAUUUGAUUUCCUGGAUUUUAGUGAUUCUUUUCCUCGGAGGGAGGAGCCUGGCUUUGCAUCGCUUCGCCGCUGCCGCUCUGCUUUUAGUUGUGCAGGCGAAGUGAAGGGUGGAGAAGUUUGGAACACAGCAGGGUUGUUUUUGUUUUGUUUUUCUUGCUCCGACAGAGAAAUGUGUUUACGCCGCGCUCUCUUUGCAUGUUGAGCGCAGCCGUUUUGAUUUUAUAUCUAUUCUAAGAAGUUGUUAAGUCUUUUUGCCAUUUCUCUCUAAUCUCUUCAUCUCUAAAUAGCCUUUAAUUCUUCUUCUUCUUCUUCUUCUUCUUCUUUUUUUGUGAUAUUUUCUAAGAGUGUUUAGCGCUACUGCCAUGAGAACUCCCAAAUGGCGACGAGUACGAACAAACGUCUCGACCCUCGUCGAGAUCGUCUUGAAAAUUAAAUGUUGCAAAAAAAAUAUCUACCGAGGAAUGUACCCGUGCGGACUUGUAUCAACCUGUGAAUAAUGAUUCUACUGUCGUGGUUCUCGGUGAGCUGUGGUGUGACUUGUGUGUGGUACAGAGGCUAUGCAGAAAAAAAAAAAAAAAACAGUCGCUUCAGCUGGAUUUGUCGGGAAUGAGAGAAGAAAUCGGGAAAUCUCAUCCCUCUGUGCAGCUUUUCUCUCGAUUGCGGAGCGUCGGGGCGGACGAAGCGACUCGGUCGGCGUCUGAAGGUGUUUACAGGAGGAGGAAGCAUCAAGGACGCAGCUACUCCGUGUAUUACUCCCACUCCGCCAUACUUUGAUGAUUGUACUAUAAGAGUCAGUGGAUGUUUGAUUUUGUGUGUGGUUAAAAGCUAUUAGAAUUAUUACAAAUCUAUAUACAUAUAUCUAUUUUUUUGUAAGUCUUAUUUUCCCGAUGGUGACCUGUGAAGAUGUCCCGGCUUUGCUGCUUCCCCCCCUUUUGACAAACGCCUCGGCCACAUAUAAUCCAAGCAUACUGAUGCUGUUCUGUGUGUCCCUGCAUGCAAAAUUUGCCUUUUUUUUCCUUCGCCUCACAGUGGAAGUUGCCUUGUCGUAGUGACAUUUUUUUUUUAGAGGAUUUCAGUUGACUUUUGUGGGAGAAAAAAAAUUGGAGAAAAUCAUCAUCCAGGUUGUAAAGGAAAAAGGUUUCGAGCUAAUCAGCCUCGAGGCAACUUCUUUUUGGAAAUGAUCCUUCAGGGAAACCUGCAAAUUCACUCGUUUGCUGUCUUGAAAUCCGAUAGAAUUUAGUGUAAAUCACCCUCACGUGCCAUUUAAACCUCAUAAAACAUACCAAAACCUUUCACACUGCCAAACAUCUCACAGUUCCCACCAUUCCGAGCUCAAACAUUUCUUUGUUAGACACUUUUCCAUCUGUAUUUCUGUCAAAAACUUGCUAUGCAGCACUACUGUCGUAAUAUCGAGAACAUUGAGCCUCGUGAAACCUUUUUAGGAGCUUUAGAAUUACUGAGAAUAACUCACGCAAACGUGUGCUAAGCUAGUGAGUUUUUUUAAAUUAACAUUUAUUUUUAUUUUGUUUUUUUAUUAUUUUAAGCCCUUUGUUGUUUUUUUUAUCCUAGGCUGAAGUCAUUUUGCUCUAUUUUUUUGGAAUUUUUUGCUUUGCUGUUAUGAUUUAACGUGUAAGAUAUUUACUAAUUUGAUUUUCAAAUUCAUCAAAACUCAGCAUGAACAAAUGCAGUUAUGUGUUGGACUCUACCUUCAUCGUCAAACUGACUGGGGGAAAAAAUGAAACGGCAAACAAGUGAAUUUGCAGCCUGUCAUGUUUAAACCUUUUAAAGUUUUCUGAGCCUGGAUGUCAGGACGAAGUAAUGUUCAUGUUCGCUACACGGCGCAAACGGUAGAAACCAACAACCACAGAAGUGUCUUUUUUCAUUUGACUCAGGUCCGCUGAAAAUGUGCAAACGCUGCAUUUUUCUUUCUUCUUCUUCUUUUUUGUCCUGGACAUUACAUCCUCGGUGCAGGUGGACGACUUUAAAAAAAAAAAAAAAAAAAAAAAAGGAUCAUUUCCAGCUUCCUCCCUUCCUCUUUAAAAGGUCGGCGGUUUGAUUCCCCCCGUUUUCGCCGACCCUCGGCGGGACGCCGUCGAUGUUCAGCUCUGGUAGGAUCGUGCUCCUGUAUCCAUAGUGUGCCGGCUAUAUGCUCUACGCCUUAGAGGCUUCAGUGGUGUCGUGCCAAGUCCGUACUGCGUUCAGUGGGUUUUUUAACCAAACAAUACAAA